GGAUGCUUGAAGAUGGAAAGAAAUUUGAUUCUUCCCGGGACAGAAACAAGCCCUUUAAGUUUAUGCUGGGCAAACAGGAGGUGAUCCGAGGCUGGGAAGAAGGGGUUGCCCAGAUGAGUGUGGGCCAGCGAGCCAAAUUGAUCAUCUCCCCAGACUAUGCCUACGGUGCAACUGGGCACCCAGGCAUCAUCCCACCACACGCCACUCUCAUCUUCGACGUGGAACUUCUAAAACUGGAAUGACAGGAAUGGCCUCCUCCCUCAGCUCCCUGUUCUUGGCAGAUCUGCCAUGGAGGGAUGUGGUGCCUCCAGAUGUGUGCACACGAUUCUACGCGGAGCUUUUCCUGAUGUUCCACUACACUCUGUGUAAACAUCUAUCCUGACUGAAUGUGUUCUGUCACUCAGCUUUGCUUCCCACACCUCCAUUUCCUCUCCCCUUUCCCCUCGUAUGUGUGUUUACCUAAACUAUAUGCCAUAAACCUCAAAUUAUUCAUUUUAUUUUGUUUUUGUUUUCAUUUGGGGUGAAGAUUCAGUUUCAGUCUUUUGGGUAUAGGUUUCCAAUUAAGUAUAGGGUCAAGUAUUAACAGCACAAAUGAUGGGUUAACUUUAGAAUAGGAAUUGGUGUUGGGGGGAGGGUGUAAGAAUCUUUAUUUUAUUUUUUUUUUGGAUGAAAUUUUUAUCUAUUAUAUAUUGAACAUUCUUGCUGCUGCGCUGCAAAGCCAUAGCAGAUUUGAGGCGCUGUUGAGGACUGAAUUAUUCUCUUAGUUGAGAAAUGUCCUUGGGUUAAAUUAAAAGCUACCCUAAACUGAAGUGGGGAGGGGGAGAGCCUUUGUCUCCACCAGCCCACCACCCCUCCUUCUCCUUAAACCCUUUGCCUUUUGAAAGCAGAUCAUUUUCACUGCGAUGUGGACACUACAGGUAUCUGUCCCUGGGCCAGCGGGGACCUCUGAAGCCUUCUUCGUGGCCUGGCUUUUUUUUCCUUUCUUUUUCUUCUGUCCUGUGGUUUUCUAAUGGAUUUUCAGGACUUUUGUAAUCUCAUAACUAUCCAAGCUUCACCACUUCCUAAAUUUUAAGAACUUUAAUCGAAAGUUUAAAAUGAAGGUGCUGUUUGUAGACUUAACACCCAGUGAAAGCCCAGCCAUCAUGACACAUCCUUGAGUGUUCUCUUGAGAAAGUGAUGCUGGUCAUCGCAGCUUCAGCAUCUCCUGGUUUUUGAUGCUUGGCUCCCUCUGCUGAUAUCAAAGUCUCCUGGCUGUUCCUCCCUCGGUCCCUUCUCACCCCUUUGCUGUCCUGUGUAGUGAUUUGGUGAGAGAAAUUGUUGCUCCUCCCACCCCUCUCCCCCUAAUCCCUGGCACCAUACAUGAGUUUCAAGUUUUAUUAUUGCAAUAAAAGUGCUUUAUGCUGGCUUUUCUCAA